AGCUUCAAGAAGGACCAAAGUAAAUAGUCAAUAUGCACAUCUUAACAGAGCUGUCAUGAUGCAACCUUUUACCUCCAUUUCUAGACCACUGCUGUAGUGAUUAGCAUCUCUGCCACCCUCAUGGAAGUCUGAAUAUGUGGACACCAACUAAAAACCAGAAAUUUGGCGUAGCAAUCCACAAUUUUCACCAUGACUCGGUCCCACAAACCCUUCGCCUCGAUGUUGGGGAGACGGUGCAAGUGUUGGAGGAGUGUGCAGGAUGGUACAGGGGGUUCUCGACACGGAACAGGAACUUAAAGGGUAUAUUUCCUGCCCAGUUUAUCCACCUGAAGCCAUUCAAGAUUGACAAUGAAGGGUUGUAUGAGACGGUGACCCCUGUGGAGGACCCUGUUGUUCAAGAAGCUGCAUCAGUAUUAAGAGAAUGGGGACAAAUAUGGAAAAACCUUUAUGUAAUAAGAGUGCAUAGUGCUGGCUUGAUGGUGUCAGCUGAGGAGGAUGUGUUGACGCUGGGUCAUGGUCAAGACAGCUCCUGACCACGACGGGCCUCCAUGACGUCCCCUCCUGAUGGCCCCCAGCUGACGGCCCCAUGUUUACCACGACGGCCUCAGUUUUUUUUUUUUUUACCUGUAAGAUGAUUUUAAAUUAUACUUGUUAAUACAGCAUCUUAUACUAAGACAGACUCCCCCAUCUCUCCUCAUCCUUCCUCACCCAGUGAUAGGUACUGUACCACGUAGUACCGUACGUGAGUGCUUUUAAUCACCACAAUAAUGAUAUCGUGUAAUGUUUAUCAGUAAAUUGCAUACUUGUUGAUGCAAUCUGUCUUAAAUGUAAGAUUGCAAAACAUAAUAUUAAAACAUUCAGUAUUUAGCUGAGUGGCACCUCCAGCUGCUGCAGCAAGCCAGCAACAGUUGUCGUCACCUCAUAAACAACACAAUGAACUAUCGCGCGCCUCUCAGAAAUGUUCAAAUCAUCUUAUGGGUAAACAAAACCGUAAAAUGAAUAUGUAUAUAUAACAUUUUCUGCUGAGAAAUGCAUGUUCUCUCACCUCUUUGAAUAUUUACAAAAAGUCGUGUUACACCCUGGAUGCAUAUAUGCACUAUAUGCGCAAGGUACAGUACGCCGGUGUACCAAUACGUUAUUGUUUUUAACGCUCCAUACUACAAAACACUAUCUCAGAAAUUCUGAGUUGCCAUCCGCGGUUAACGUGUUAACAUAAUGAAAGAAAUAAGAGGAUAAUAACUUAAAAUUUGGUGUUGGGUCGUCAUGGUAAACACGGGGCUGUCGGGGAGGGCCGUCGUGGUCAGGGACCGUCUUGACUAGGAAACGACGCAUGUUUCUGACCAUGAAGAAGUUGAAUUUUCAUAUUACAAUUUGCUUACUUCCCUGAUUUAUUUUCCAUAAUGAAUGCAGUAUAUCAGAGAAAAAAAACUUAUUGGCUUAUAUAA